AGCACAAGAAUGAGUAUUUGGUGAAGAAAAGAGGUUAAUUAAUUAAGCUCUGAUUUUCAUCCUCAUCAUCAUCAUCAUCAUCAUCAUAAGAAGAAGAAGAAGAAAGUAUGAGUAGUAGUAGUAAUAGUGGAGGAGGAGGAGGAGGAGUGGAUGAUGAAGAAGAAGAUGAAUUCAGCUUGGGAAAGCUUUCAAAGUAUAUAGUCCCUCCCCUUGGCUCUUCCCAAACUACCCUCCACGCCGCUACCCCUCCCGGGAAGUUCAUCAUCUCUCCCACCAAUUCCAAAUACAGGUGUUGGGAGACAUGGAUGGCGGUGCUGGUGGCGUACUCGGCGUGGGUGUGCCCGUUCGAGAUAGGGUUCCUGGGGAAGGACAGCCAGCACCCCUUGUACGUGGUGGACAACGCGGUGGACUUGUUCUUCGCGGUGGACAUCGUCCUCACCUUCUUCGUCCCCUACCUCCACCCCACCACUCACCUCCUCGUUCGCCACCCCACCAAAAUCGCCACCAGGUAAUUAAGUCUCUGUAUGUAUCAAUAUAUGUGUAUAUAUAUACGCAGUGGCGGACCCAAGAAUUUCGGGGAGUGGGUUCACAUUUUGUGCACAAAAAAAAAUGUUGAUAUUUGUAUAACAAUAAAUUUAAAACCUUAAAGGUAAAAAAAUAUUAAUAAAUAGCAUUCUGGGAU